UAACGCUGGGAGAUGCCUUUCUUUCAAAUUCUUUCAGAUUCUUCACUUUCAAAGUGAAAUGGUGAUCUUAAACUAUAUGGUUUGCUUUCUGCUUCUAGAUCACUUUUUGUGAAGUGGUGGUAGUGAAGAAACGCAAUGAAUGGAACAGUUAGGGCAGAUAGGAAGUUUGCAUUUCAUGCUCUCCGCUUGCCACAAGACACAAACAACACUCUAUCUCUGAAGUGACCUGGAAGCAUUGGAGCUGUGUGUCCGGAGGGACUCUGAGGACCUCUGAAGGGCACAAUGAUGGAUAACCGUUUUGCUACAGCGCUAGUAAUCGCUUGUGUUCUCAGCCUCAUCUCCACCAUCUAUAUGGCAGCUUCCAUUGGCACUGACUUUUGGUACGAAUACCACACCCUGUCCCCAGCUGAGAACGUUAGUGAAGCUGGUAGGAGCAUCCUGGACGAAUUCGUCAGUGAAGAGGCAGAUGAGAAGACCUACACAGAUGCGCUUUUCCGGUGCAAUGGCACAGUUGGACUGUGGCGGAGGUGUAUCACUGUACCCAAAAACUUUCACUGGUACAACUCACCAGAAACUGGUAUGACUACAAACUGCAUCAGUUUUUCCCUCUCUGAUCAGUUUAUGGAAAAGUACAUAGAGCCUGGAAAUCACAAUAGCGGCACGGAUUUGAAUCGAACUUAUCUCUGGCGAUUGCAGUUUCUCCUGCCCUUUGUCAGCCUUGGCCUCAUGUGCUUUGGGGCUUUGAUUGGGCUCUGUGCUUGUGCCUGUCGCAGCCUUUAUCCUGCCAUUGCCACCGGAGUCCUCCAUUUCCUAGCAGGGCUUUGUACGCUGGGCCUGGUUGGCUGCUACGUAGCUGGGAUUGAGCUGCUCCAUAAGAAGCUGCCCCUGCCUGAAGAUGUGAGGGGUGAAUUCGGCUGGUCCUUCUGCCUGGCCUGUGUCUCGGCACCUUUGCAGUUUAUGGCAGCUGCUCUUUUCAUCUGGGCGGCUCGCACCAACAGAAAGGAAUUCACUCUCUUGAAAGCGUACCGUGUAGCAUAAGUGCUGCUACCGAACUAUUGGGUUUCCACGUUAUAGCCUCUUCUCCCCCAACCCUUACUACAUUUUAAUUUUAGUCAGAAUUUUACCUUGUACUGCAUGCUUCUUGCCAGUUGAGACAAUUUAGCCUGUGGGCCCUGAAGACAAAGACCUCUGGGCUAAAUGACCAAAUGUUGCCAGAAGUCUGCA